CUUCGCUGCACCAUUCGGAUGCAGAAUUAAAGAUGGCGGCCGCCUUGGUCCAAACGUGUCAUGUUUCUUGUUGCGCUAAUCGCACUCCACACGUUCUUUCUUGGGGAAGAGGGGGGUUAAUUGCUUUCGGAACUUGCAAUUCUGUUGCUCUGUAUGAUCCAAAGCGAAUAAGAAUCAUCUCCCUCCUGAAUGGACAUACUGGGAGGGUGAACGCAGUGCAGUGGAUACACAGAGAAGACUGUGGUCCAGAGACUCAUCUGGUAUCCGGAGGAUCUGACAAUCACGUUAUUGUUUGGGAGGCUCAAGAUGAACAGAAAAGUGUUCCGUUUGCCCUCUCUGCACAGUGCCUGGGCCACACUGCUCCAGUGUUUGCAGUGGAUGCCAUUUACCUGAAAGGGGAGGGAUCCUCACAGAUACUCAUAGCAUCUGCUGCUUCAGACUCCACUGUUAAAAUCUGGCUGUACCAGUGUAGCCAAGCUCAGUGCCUGCAGACGAUGCCCCUCGGCGGCGGCUUCGCGAUGGACGUGUCGCUAGGGCUGCUGCCAGGCUGUGCAGUUCCCAUUCUGGCCUGCGGGGGUGAUGACAACCGAGUCCACCUCUAUGUACAGCACGACAGAGAGUUUCAGAAGAUGCACUCGCUGCACGGACAUGAGGACUGGGUUCGGGGACUGCAGUGGGCUGCUGUCGAAGGGGGCAUUUUAUUGGCCAGCUGUGCUCAGGACUGCCUGAUACGGAUAUGGGGGGUGUUCGCUAAGGGGGCUGGUGACGACGACGACGACGGCGGCGAGGACGUGAUCGGGCUGAAGGAGGAUACCUUCGACGUGCAAGUGAACGACGGCGCAGCCCUGCGAUUCGCCGUGACCCUGGAGACGGUGCUCGCCGGCCAUGAGAACUGGGUCUACGGCAUACACUGGCAGCCUCCGCUCGUCACAGGUGGCAGCGUACAUCAACCCACCAGCUUGCUGUCUGCAUCUAUGGAUAAAACCAUGAUCCUGUGGGCUCCGGAUGAGGAGUCAGGUGUGUGGCUGGAGCAGGUGCGCGUUGGAGAGGUGGGGGGGAACACACUGGGAUUCUACGGCUGUCAGAUGAGCCCUGAUGGAUCCAUGAUUGUAGCACACGCCUUUCAUGGCGCUCUGCACCUCUGGCGCCGGGAUGAUGCUGACCAGGGGAACUGGACCCCAGGGGUGGUGAUAUCUGGACACUCCGGCGUGGUUCAGGACCUCAGCUGGGACCCCGAUGGAGAUUUCCUGGUUACUGUGGGCUCUGACCAGACAACCAGGAUGUUCACACCAUGGAAGCGGGACAGGCAAGCUGAGGUGACGUGGCACGAGGUUUCCCGGCCCCAGAUCCACGGUUACGACAUGCAGUGCCUCACCAUGGUGGGCCGCUUCCAGUUUGUGUCCGGGGCGGACGAGAAAGUGCUGCGUGCGUUCCGGGCCACGCGGAACUUUGUGGAGAACUUCGCCAGCAUCACGGGGGUGUGCCUGGACAAGCUGUUAGCUGACAGUGAAGCUUCCGGCCUUCCGGAAGGGGCCAGCAUUCCCGCCCUUGGCCUGUCCAACAAGGCCGUGUACCGAGGUGAUCUGGCGCCCCCGAGCGACAAAGCGGAGCAGGAGUUCAGCAGCGUGUCGGAUCAGUACCCGGAGUCUUACUUCCUCCCCCUCAGCCUGACAUGUCCGCCCCCAGAAGACCACCUGCUCCAGAAUACACUGUGGCCUGAGGUGCAGAAGCUGCCUGAGUUCCUCGAAAGCACUGCCCUCUUUCAGUCCAUCAUGCUGUCCUCCAUGUCAGCACACUGGUUCCAUGCAGACUGGAGACACCAUGCCUCCCGGCCGGAGCACGGCGCCAUCUUGCUGUGGAGCGUGUGCAGCUGGAGGCAGCUGCAGACCUUGGCCUUUCACAGCCUGACCGUCACGCAGAUGGCUUUCUCCCCCGACGGCUGCUUCCUGCUGGCCGUGUCCCGCGACAGGACCUGGUCGCUAUGGAAGCAGCAGGAUGCUGUACCUCCUGCCUCCGAGCCCACAUUCGCCCUCUGCGCCCACACGAGUAAGAACACGUCAGUACAUGCCCGCAUCAUCUGGUCAUGUGACUGGAGCCCAGACAGCAAGUACUUCGUCACAUCAAGCCGGGAUAAGAAGGUCAUCGUCUGGGGUGACUGCAGCCGCCUCCCUGCCACUGGGGAAAGCAGCCCCGCCUCCCUCAGUCCCUGCUCCUCCAUCCUGGACGUCGGCGACUCCUGCACGGCCGUCAGUUUCUGCCCCGUCUCCUGUCGCGACGGCAGUUACCUCCUGGCUGUGGGACUGGAGAGCGGGAGAAUCGCGCUGUUUACGUGGAGACCCCUGACCGACCCAUCUGCUGGAGGAGACUGGGCCGCUCGUGGAGAGCUGGACAGCUCCCAAAGUCACACCCUGACGGUGAAGAGACUCCGCUGGAGGCCCCGGAGGGGCCGUGCCGGCCAUGAGGACGAGGCUGGGGACAGUGGCUGGCUCCAGCUAGCCAGCGCUGGCGCUGACCACUCCGUUAAAAUAUUCAACGUCAACAGCCUGGCUCUGUAGGGCUCCGCUCCCUGCUGGCAGGGGUCGCAGUCUCGUCGGGCCAGAUCAAGGAGACCCAUCUACGGACAUUUUACAAAAUACCAGAAUGUCCUCGGUUGGGGCUAGACCGGUUUUGUAUAUUGUUGUGAAGCAGGAAAAUAAAUCAAAGGUUAUGUAAAUAUGA